UCUAUCCAUUCAUUCCGAAUUCAUCAAUGUACAAGCAUCACACAUAUACAGUUGACUUGUCCAUCGUCCUCCAAGCCCCGACUUGAAUCCAUCGCCCACUUCAUCUUUGAGUCAACCAACCCUGAUGAAUAUCUUGACAAACAUAACCGUUGCGAAAGUAAACGGCAUAUGUAACUUGUUUAUUCACACUAUUUGAAUAAUGUUGUAAUAUUGCAUACGCGCAACGACUUCACCAACGUACGGUGGUUGUGAUGUACACAGUACACCUCGAGUUCUCUGAUGGGCAGAGCAUUCUCAUCCAAUCGGCGUUACCAUCGGCCCGCUCACGAUGCACAGACCACCAAGUUUUUUUCUUCUCAUCAGCGAUGGAGUAAGUCUCAUCAACCCUUUUACACUUUACCUGCUCCACGCACAAACGAUCGCAGCGUAUACCUUUCUACCCAUCUCUCUCAUCGCACUGAUCAUUGCGAACCAUCGUCUGCGUUCGCGCGCAUGCAAUAUGCAUAGCCGCAACGAUGGCGUCCGAAUGCGCCAAUAUCUGCGUUUACACUCCCAGCACUUGCAGCGCGUCAUGGAGAGAUGCUGAAGUGCGAAAGAGACACGCGAUAGUGUUUCCGACGAAAGCACAAGAUCACGGGGUGAAAUAUCGUCCUUGCCUGAAGCAUUCCAUCACUUCAUCGACCUGUUCGUCAAUGAGUUCGAUUACGCAUUGCUGGCGGAACUUUUUUACAACCCCCCCUCUCUAUCAUCUAUCCCUUUCCAUUUCUUGUCUUGUCGCUCUCCAUCCACCGCAUUCCCCUAUCCCAAUACUCCUACACACACAUACAUACACAUAUCAUACGCAAAUGGCCCUUUCGAAGACUCUCUCACCACCCUCCUCCAUGGUAACGAGAGUUCAAAUAGCAGCGCCUACAUCGAACCCAAAUCUCUCCCCUCACCCUCCCUAUGAAGAAAAAUUCUCAUAUAAUGGAAUGGAUCGUGAUGAGGGUUAA